AGAUAAGGCUCUAAAGUUACCAAUGGUACUGUCUGUGCCUAAAUUUAAAGAAUAUGGGAAAUGGUUAUAGCAAGCUGCCACAUAAAUAAAUAGUUGAAAGUGAAAGGAGGAAGGUAGAUUGAACAAGCAGCUCAUGAGAAAGUAUUCAUUUCCAAAAUGCAGCACAGAGAGAUGAAAACAAAUUGAAUCUUAGAUGUUCACUCUACACAUUAAGUUUAAUGGUGCUAUCAACAGCUUCAUAUGACAGGAAAUGAUCUGGGCGGUUUGUUCACUUAUUCUGGAUGCCAUUAGUUUCAGAGAGCAACCGGUAACAUGGAUUGCACCUCGGAAGGGGACAGCUGAACUCUCCCUCUGGCUUUAGUAAGGAAAAAGCAGCGAUGAAAUCCCUGGACUGUGUGCACGUCAUCCAACAGAAGGAUACCGCCUCCUCUCCUUCUGCCCCCCCUGGUGCUGUUUCAGGCACCAGGGGACUUUUUUCUGUCACAUUCCUGUGGCUCGCAAUGCUCCUGUCCUCUUGUCUUGCAGCAGUGUCUCUUUACCAUGUUAUCACCCUGAAAACAGAACUAGAGGCUCUGCGCAGUGAGCUGAUCUACAGGGUCCAGGCAAGGUCUCCGCUAGACCGGCCACCCAUGUCCCCUGAUGAAAAAAAAGCAGGUACCCCUGUUUCUUCCUUCCUGCAAGUGUCUGCAGCUGGCACCAGGCAGGAGAACAGGCUUCCUGAGAGCUUCCAAAAGGAAAUCUGGAAUGGGAGUAGAAACAGGGGCAGACGGUCUGUUGUCCACACAGAAGAAAAAGUGCUGCAGGCCUGCUUGCAACUGAUCGCUGACAGCAAAAGUGAUAUCCAACAGAAUGAUGAUUCAAGCAUUGUCCCUUGGCUUCUGAGCUUUAAACGGGGAACAGCUCUGGAAGAACAAGGAAAUAAAAUAGUGAUCAAGGAAACAGGUUAUUUUUUCAUAUAUGGCCAGGUUUUAUAUACGGAUACAACAUUUGCUAUGGGACACCUAAUACAGAGGAAGAAGGCUCACGUGUUUGGUGAUGAUCUCAGCUUGGUGACAUUGUUUCGUUGCAUCCAAAAUAUGCCGCAGUCUUAUCCAAAUAAUUCUUGCUAUACUGCUGGCAUUGCAAAAUUAGAAGAAGGGGAUGAACUUCAACUUACGAUACCACGGAGAAGGGCCAAAAUAUCCUUGGAUGGAGAUGGUACUUUUUUUGGUGCAGUAAGACUCCUCUGAAGCCCUUCAUUUCUGUUAUUGUGCUUAAUGGAAAUUUAUUCUUUUCCUAUGCCUUUGUCAUAAAAAAUAUAUUUGUAAUUUUUAAUUUGUAAUAAAGCUGCCAAUUCAGUCUCUCCCCAGCCACCAACAACUUCUGAGAACUUUUCUUCACUUUUAUAAGCAAAGCCAAAACAGGAAACACACCAGACAAACUUGUGAUAUAACCACCAUGUGAUUACCAGAAAGCCAAUUUAUUUCAGACAAUGGGAGACUCUAGGUAACAACUGUAAAGCAGUGAGUUUUUGACUUUGAAACAAUGUGUUGUCCAUAAGGUAAAAAAAAAGAUGGAGUUGACAUAAAUAAAAGCAUGACCAGGACCAUAGAAUAUCAAAUUAUUAGUCAAAAUUGAAAAGGAAAACUAAAAUACAUGUUACAUUUUCAUUAUUUCAUUAAUAAAAUAUUUAAAGUAUGAAGGAUGGGAAAGAAACAUUACACAGUAGAUUCCUUAUCACAAAAUGGAGGUGUUAAGUGGGUUGUGGGUUUUGUUUUUCUUUUUUAUUUGAAACAAAGAUUAUGGGGAAGGAAAAAAUCUAAAUGUAUGGGAUAAUGUAAACAAAUAUACAGAAUAGUAGCCAUUGUCUCACUUCUUCCCUGUGAACAAAAGAUUUACUAAAAUCUAUUAGUAUUUACCAAUUAGAAUUAAUUUGAGUGGGAAAAGGACAUGUGAGAUGCUUCAACAGCUCAAUCUUCAAAGCAUUGCUACUCAUCAAGGAAUAUGAGUGUAAUUCUAUGAAACCAAGGCAGGAACAGAAAGAAACGCUGAGAUUAGACACAUUACAGUGGGUGGAAUUGGAUUUCUGGCUUCAUCAUUUCUGCAGUCAUAUAUAGAUGUGUAUAUAUACAUUAUAUAGAUGUAUUUGUAUAUAUAUGAGAGUAUGUACACACACAUGUCUUGGACAUUUGAA